GCCACAGUCUCAUCUUUGGACAAAAAAGGAAAACCAAACCAAACUAAGAUGUGGGAUUUGCUAUGUCUGGAGGGUAUUGUCCCAUGAAUUUGCCUGCAGAGACUAAGGUAGCUCUUGGCACUCUUAGACUCUCCAGGGAUAUUAUUCUGCAUCUCUUAAGAGCAGCCUGAUGGCAGCAGCUCUUAGAGUCUGUAUGGUGAUUUCUGUUGAAUAUUUUUGAUCACAGCUACACUAUUAUCAAUGCACCUGUUUGUCAAAUUCACAAAGGCAAACCAGCUGACAUCAUGGAAGGAAAGAAUCAAACAGCUCCAUCUGAAUUCAUCAUCUUGGGGUUCGACCACCUGAAUGAAUUGCAGUAUUUACUCUUCACCAUCUUCUUUCUGACCUACAUAUGCACUUUAGGAGGCAAUGUUUUUAUCAUUGUGGUGACCAUAGCUGAUUCCCACCUACACACACCCAUGUAUUAUUUCCUAGGAAAUCUUGCCCUUAUUGACAUCUGCUACACUACUACUAAUGUCCCCCAGAUGAUGGUGCAUCUUCUGUCAGAGAAGAAAAUCAUUUCCUAUGGAGGCUGUGUGACCCAGCUCUUUGCAUUCAUUUUCUUUGUUGGCUCAGAGUGUCUCCUCCUGGCAGCAAUGGCAUAUGAUCGAUAUAUUGCUAUCUGUAAGCCGUUAAGGUACUCAUUUAUUAUGAACAAGGCCCUGUGCAGCUGGUUAGCAGCCUCAUGCUGGACAUGUGGGUUUCUCAACUCAGUGUUGCACACCGUUCUGACCUUCCACCUGCCCUUCUGUGGUAACAAUCAGAUCAAUUAUUUCUUCUGUGACAUACCUCCCUUGCUCAUCUUGUCUUGUGGUGAUACUUCCCUCAAUGAACUGGCUUUGCUGUCCAUUGGGAUCCUCAUAGGCUGGACUCCUUUCCUGUGCAUCAUCCUUUCCUACCUUUACAUCAUCUCCACCAUCCUGAGGAUCCGUUCCUCUGAGGGGAGACAGAAAGCCUUUUCCACCUGUGCCUCCCACCUGCUCAUUGUUAUUCUCUAUUAUGGCAGUGCUAUCUUCACGUAUGUGAGGCCCAUCUCAUCUUACUCGCUAGAGAAAGACAGAUUGAUCUCAGUGCUGUAUAGUGUUUUCACACCCAUGCUGAAUCCUAUAAUUUAUGCACUGAGGAAUAAGGACAUCAAAGAGGCUGUGAAGGCCAUAGGGAGAAAGUGGCAGCCACCUGUUUUCUCUUCUGAUAUGUAACAUCUCUUAUGUGUGGUCAAUGAUCUUACAUUAGAAAUUUAACUUUUUCACCAUGCAGUUGUUGCUAGUUACAAUGACUUAAAAUCUUCUUGCGAUAUUUGAAAACUGAAGAGUUGGCACACUGAACCUUAAGUGUACGUUUCUGUUUUGUUAGUCUCUAAUUGAGUUACUUAUUUAGUUUCUGUCCUUUUUAUUUGUCUUCUCCAUUUUGGAAUCCUCGUCUAAAGAUGGUUCCUCUCUCAUUCCAUUUCUAUUUGCUUGAUAGACUUCAUGGCUUAUUACUUGUGAAAGUCUGUCCUCUGAGCCAAGCAACUGCCAUCUUGGAACAUUAAGCUGAACCCCCUUGCAAAAUAUCAUCCCAUUUGGGAUUGUUUACUGUUUACAUCCUCUCAUGGAAGAGUGCAAGGACCACAAGACCCUACUUGAGUAUCCACAUGCUCCCUACCACCUGUUGUAUACUACAUGGAUGCAGGGAGAAGUUAGAGUAUAUAGGCCAGAAGAUCAGGGGAGGAGUUUCCAUUCAUGGGACUAUGGGUAGGUAUCUGUCAGGGUUCUCUAUAGUCACAGAACUUAUGGAAUAUCUCUAUAUUAUUAAAUGAAUUCAUUGUAAUGAUUUACAUUCUGUAGUCUAACAAACCCAACAAUGGACAGCUGUGAAUGUGAAAUCCAGAAGCCUAGUAGUUGCUCAGUACACAAGGCUAGCUGUUUCAUCUGGUUUUCCAGCUGGAACAGCUGGAACAUCUGGAUUUCCAGCUGGAACAGCUGGAAUCCUGAAUAGGUAGGUUACAACAGAUGUGCUGGAAAGUAAGUGCAAGCAGCCAAGGAAGAAUGAAUCUUCCCUCUUCCAAUGACCUUAUGUAGGCCUCCAGAAGAAGGUGUAACCUACGUUAAAGGUGUGUACUACCUCACCUGGAUCUGGAACUUGCUUUGUUCCAGGCUGACAUUGAAGUCUGCUUGCCUCAGUCUCCCGGAAUUAAAGGCAUGUACUACCUUGCUUGGGCCUAAGCUUUAUAUAGCCACUAUACCUCAAAAUCUCCAUGUCAAGAUCCAGGUCAAAAACCUGUAUCUUCCAGCCUCAAGAUCUGGUAAACCCUCCAUUUCUGGAUUGUAGUUCAUUCCAGAGGUAGUCAAGUUGAUAACCAGGAAUAGUGAUCACAGGGUACCUCAUUCCUGCUAGGUAAUGCCUUUCAGAUGCAGCCUAUUGGAGGAGAAACCUCCAAACUCCUGUAUUCACCUAUGUUCUGUAAGCUCAAUAAACUAAUUCCCAUAGUGAACUUUGGCAUAAUUGGGUUUGCUAACUCUUAGGACAUUAAAAAUGUGGAGACAUUGCUUAUAUCUCUCUGGCAAGGGAUUUUAGCAACAAUACUAUAUUUCAUGUAAGUAAAAGAAAUGAGAGACCCGUGAGAUGAUCCAGCAGGUAGUCACUUUCUGUCAAGCUUGGUGAUCUGAGUUUGAUCCAAGGGUCCCAUGUGACAACCUACAAAUUGUUUUCUAGCCUUCAUAUACACAAUUUGGCAUGUAUGUGAACACACACACACACACACACACACACACACACACACAUUGCUGAAAAGACAGUAAGGUAUUUCAGUUCAUAUUCAUAGUUCUUUCAAAAGAUGGACUAUCCCAAUAAAAUUUGUUUUAGGUUUACAGAGCUAUGUUAUAGAGUAUCUUAAGCUUAGGAAACAUUUUUCUAAAAAUGCCGAACACCAUGAUAUAUAAAACAUAUACAAAAUGAAUUAUAAUUUUUGAGAGGGAGUAAAGUUUUUAGUUAUGUAACAAGUAAUCAGAAAAGGUAUGUAUGAGUAUUUAAUUACUGUUUUUAUAUUUUAUUAUCAAUCAAGGAAGAGCUACAGACCAAUUUUCUAGUGAACAUAACUACAAAACACUUGUGAUCUAAAUUCAAGAUCACAUGAAAAUUAUACAGUCUCCAAAUUGGUAUUAUUGUUUGGAGACAAGGCUGGUUCAGCAUGUGCAGACAUUGGUUGGGAGUCUUUAGAGGAAGCAGAAUAUAAUAGAACACACACACACACACACACACACACACAGAGGCAUGCACACACACAGAUACACAAUAUGGCUAAAUUGUUCAGUAACAGCAGUACCAUGGCUAAAAUCUCAGUACUUAGUUGUUGCUCAGUCUAUAACAUUAGGUGCCUGAGUAGUUUGAGUAGUCAAAUAAUGGCUAUCUCACACUAAGAGGGCAAGUUCCCAAGAAAGGGUGCCCCAACAGUCCUGGAGUUGAAAUUUGGAAGGGUCCUGGAGAUCCACUGGUCCUAAGUCCAUGUUGGAAACCUGGAAAAUUUGUCCUGACAUCAGCAAAGAUAGCAACAGUAGCAAGCAAGUAAAUUAACCCAGCAGUGAAAGGGAAAGUCAAGUGAGUAGAGGGCAAACAAUCUUCCUUCUUCUAUGCAUCCUUUUAUGUCUAGGCUACCACCAGAAGGUGUCACUCACAUUUGGAGUGGACCUUUCCAUACCAAUUAAGAUGAUCAAGACAGUUUCACAAUCGAGGAUCCCUGCUGAGAUGAUUCAAAGUUGUACUACAAUGGCCUUUAAAACCAAAAAUCACCAUGUGCAAAUCAAACACAUACUAUACAGUAUUAAUAGACUUAAUGGCAAAAAAUGACAUAAUUAACAUGAGAUGUAGAAAAAGCAUCUGCCAAUGUACAACAGCUUCAUGAUAAAAUGUAUUGAAGAAAACAGGGAUAGACAGAACAUACCUCCAAACAAUAAAUACUGUACAUAUGACAAAUGCAUAAACAUUGUACUAGAUAUGGAGAAUUAUGAUCACCACCUCUAGCAUCUGUAACAGGACAAAGAUGAUAAUCCUUUCUACAUUUAUUGAGAACAACAAUCAAAGUUUUAGUUUGAACAAUAAAAUAAGAGUGCAAAGUAGAUAUUAGCUUUGCCUAUUUGUAAAUGGCAUGAAUCUAUACUUAAAAUACCCCACAGAGUCGCCAGAAGAAUUUAGAUAUGAUAAAUAGUUUUUAAAA